AUUGGAGUCUCGAUAAAUUAAACGAUUUCAUUUCAAGUAUCGCGCACGCAAAAUUCGCAGGGUUCCUGCAAAUUGGCACGCAUUUAUUUCGAAAUUAAACCCAUUUUGAACCGUUUAUUGCUUUGAUUAACGUAAUACAUUCGCGUCUGUUAAAUUUCAAAUCAAGUAAAUUUGUGAAAAUGUCCAAAAUUGGUAUUAACGGUUUCGGUCGAAUCGGCAGAUUGGCUCUGAAGGCCUGCCUGCUCAAAGGCCUACAGAAAGGCGCUUCACAAUGCCCCCACCCGCAGGUUGUUGCAGUGAAUGAUCCGUUCGUCAGUGUUGAGCAGAUGGCGUACCUCUUCAAGUACGACUCCACGCAUGGGACAUAUUGUGGUGAUGUCACCACGAUGGGGAGCUGCCUCCUAGUUGAUGGGGUCAAAAUAGACACGUUCAACGAAAAGGACCCCAAGAAGAUUUGCUGGAAGAAAACCGGGGCUGAUUUAGUUAUUGAAGCAACGGGCAUCUUCACCACCUGCGACAAAGCCGCACUACACCUUGAUGGGGGAGCCAAACACGUCCUCAUCACGGCCCCUUCCAAGGACGCCCCCAUGUUCGUGAUGGGUGUCAACCAUGACCAAUAUAGCAGCGAUAUGCAGGUGGUGUCGAUGGCAUCGUGUACGACCAACUGCCUCGCUCCAUUGGUGAAGGUGAUCCAUAGCGAGUUCUGCAUCGAGGAGGGUCUGAUGACUACCAUCCAUGCAUCGACCGCCACGCAAAAGGUCCUCGAUGGUCCCGGCGGAAAAUCCUGGAGGAGUGGACGUGGCGCUCUGCAAAACAUCAUCCCCGCGUCUACAGGCGCCGCUAAGGCUAUAGGCAAAGUACUGCCUGAUCUGCAGGGCAAGCUAACAGGUAUGGCGUUCCGGGUACCCACCGCCGACGUGUCCGUUGUGGACCUCACCUUGAAGCUAGGAAAAGAAGCGCCUUACGACCUCAUUAAAUGCAAGGUAAAGCAAGCUGCCGAAGGCUACUUGAGCGGAAUCCUGGGCUACACCGAGGAGGACCUAGUGAGCAGUGAUUUUGUUGGUGACACCCGCAGUUGCAUCUUUGAUGCCAAGGCGGGUAUUCCUAUGAGCAAACAGUUCGUCAAGUUGGUAGCUUGGUACGAUAACGAGUACGGGUAUGCUACCCGCGUGGCCGACUUUGCGGCGUACAUGUUUUCGCGGGAAGAGUAAGGUACCCUCGUCUUGUUCACUCCAGGAAAUGGCCUCAGCCUGUUUGGAAAAAUGUUUCGGUUCCCUUUUUCGGCAAAUCAAGGAACGCGAGUGUACAAAAUUCAAUGUUAGAGAAAUUUAUAUAUUGAGUGAACAAUAAAGACUUUCGAAUAAAAA